AUGGAUUCACAAUUUGUAGGGUCAUUAGAAGAGACCUUAAAGCAAACUUUGACACCAGACUCUUCGGUGAUCAAGCAGGCUUCACAAAGAUUGAGUAAGGAAUUUUACCCCAAUCCUCAAGCAUUACCCGCAUUAUUGCAAAUCUUACAGCAAUCCAAUCAAGAUGAGGUUAAACAAUUAGCUGCUGUCGAGGCUAGGAAGUUGGUUGCUGACAAUUGGGGAUCUGUUGAUACCUCUUUGAAAUCAAGUAUUAGGGAUUCACUUUUGAAAAGUACUUUCAAUGAACAAAACAAACGUCUUAGGAAUGUGUCUGCGUAUUUAAUUGCUGCUCUUGCAGAAACAGACUUGGACGCUAAUGAGUGGCAAGACUUGUUACCUACUUUGAUUAGUGCCAUUCAGGGGGAUAAUGCAAGGGUCAAAGAGGUUGCUACUUUUACCCUUUAUGCCUUGUUGAAUUCGGAAAUUUCAGCUUUGUUACCUCAUAUUGAUGACUUUGUUUCCUUGUUUGGUAACUUAAUCAGAGACCCAUCGUCAAAGGAUGUUAGAGUAUAUUCUGUUUUAUCUUUGGACGCACUUUCUCAAAUUCUUGAAAAUGAUGAGGAAGCUUCAGAUCAAGUUGUUGAGAAUUUUAAGGCAACGGUGCCCGGCAUGGUCGAAGUUUUGAAAGAAGUGGUGACUUCCGAUGACACAGAACUGGCUCAACAAGUUUUUAGUGUCUUCAACAGUCUAGUGCUCACGGACUCAAAAUUAAUGGGUGAUCAUUUGGUUAACUUGAUCAAGAUGAUUAGUGAAAUGGUUGCAAACACUCAAUUGGAUGAGGAAUAUAGAAUUUUCGGUUUGCAAUUUUUAAUCUCAUGUGUGUCAUAUAGAAAGUCCAAGAUCACUGCCAACAAAUUAGGUCCACAACUUACCAUGGUGGGUUUGAAAGUUGCAUCCGAAGAAAUCGAUGUCGAGGACGAAUUGGAAAAUGAAGAUGAAGAAAACGAAAAUGAGGAGAAUUCACCACCUUCUUUGGCAUUGAGAUUGCUUGCUGUUUUGGGUGCUGAGUUACCACCAUCUCAAGUUAUUGAUCCAUUAUUUGACGCUCUUGAUCCAUUAUUGACAUCUACAAAUGAAUUUGAAAGACGUGCAGGUAUAUUAGCCAUUGGUGUCUGUUCUGCAGGAGCCCCUGACUACAUUUCGCUCAGAAUCCAAAAGAUCAUUCCAGCUUUGGUCAACGGAAUGAAGGACUCACAGCUUGUUGUGAGAGUUGCUGCUCUUAGAACUUUGUCCCAAUUGACUGCAGAGCUUCAAGAUAUUGUCACCGAUUACCAUGAAGAGUUGUUGCCAUUGAUUAUUGAAAUCAUCGAUUCGGCAUCGUCAGUUAUGGCGUACAAAUAUGGGUGUAUUGCCUUGGAUGGUUUGAUUGAGUUUAUGAGCCACGAUGCUAUGGGUAAAUACAUUGAACCUUUGAUGCACAAAUUGUUCUACAUGUUGCAACAAGCAAAUACUGCCACUUUAAAAACUGCCAUCGUUUCAGCCAUUGGUUCAACUGCAUUUGCAAGUGGUAAAGGCUUUACUCCAUAUUUCGAAGCUUCAAUCAAGCAAUUGGAACCAUUCAUUUCCAAUUCAGCUUCCGUGGAAGGAAUGAGUGAAGAUGACAUAGAAUUGAGAGCAACUACAUUCGAGAAUAUUUCCACUAUGGCUAGAGCUGUUGGUUCUGCUGCAUUCUCUUCAUAUGCUAAGCCAUUAGUUGAAGCAGCUUACACAUCUUUGAAUUCUGAGCAUCCUAGAAUUAGAGAGUCCGGGUUUGCUUUCAUUGCUAAUAUGGCAAAGGUUUAUGGUGCAGAAUUUUCUGGAUUCUUGGAUCAAAUCGUACCUCAAAUAUUGACAUGUUUGGCUCAAGAAGAGUUCACUUUUAAUGUCGAGGAAGGUGAAGAUGGAGAGGUUGAUCUUGCCGCAGAUGAUGAAGAUGACGAUCCAUUGAAAGUCCACACUGGUAUCACCAUAGAAAAAGAAAUUGCAUCCGUAGCUCUUGGUGAGUUGGCCAUUGGAACAGGAAAAGAAUUCUUUAAAUACGUCGAACCUUCAUUAACUGCUUUGGUUGAACAAGUUGAAAACUCGUUUGGUAUGAGAGAAGCUGCUUUAAACUGUGUAUUCAAAAUUGUCAAGGCCAUGUUUGUUGCUGUACAAGGUGAGGAUUUCAAAGCUCCAAAAGGUGUUCCACAACAAGCAUAUGUUGACUCUAACAUUUUGGCCCUUAUCAAACAGGUGAGAGAUUUGGCAAUUCCGCUUUUGGAAGCAGAGUUUGAGUCUACUAUGGUAGCAUGUAUUCUUGAUAGUGUUGCGGAUGCUUUGCAUGUAAUGGGUGCUAUAUUCAUAAUGGACAACGCCGCGGACACAUCCAGCUUGGAACAAUUGUGCUUCUCAUUGAUGAAUUUGUUGAAAAAAGAGCACCCUUGUCAGUUAGAAGAGGAAGAGAUGCCAGAAGAAGAAGAUUCAUCUGAAACUGACGUUUUGCUCAACGAAGCCGCAUUAGAAGUAUUGGUUAACUUAUCCAUUGCUUUAGAAGGAGAUUUUGCAAAGAUUUUUGCAUCAUUCAAAGACCCAAUUUUGACCAAAUUCAAUAGCAAAUCGAAGCCAACCAAAGUUGGAUCCAUUGGUGCAAUAGCUGAGAUGGUUGGUGGUAUGAAAACUGCCAAUCCAUUUUCGGCCGAAUUGCUUCCAAUAUUCGUUGACAAGCUUGCCAAUGACAAGUCUAUUGAGGUCAAGGGAAAUGCUGCAUAUGGUAUAGGUUUGAUUGUUGAGUAUAGUCCAGUCGACUUAUCAUCCAGCUACCCUCAAAUACUUGAAUUACUUUUCCAUCUAUUGAAUAAAACUGACAAAAAAGCAAGUUCUGCCGAUGACGAAGAGGCUAAAGAUGUUGUCAAUCGUUCAUAUGCUAAUGCCUGUGGUUGUGUUGCCAGGUUAAUCUUGAAAAAUCAACAAGCCGUUCCUUUAGAACACGUUGUUAGUCCAUUGUUGGAACAUCUUCCAUUGGAAACUGGAUUUGAAGAAAACACACCAAUUUUCGAAGCUAUUAUCAAGUUAUAUGAGUCUGGUAAUGAAAGUAUUGUAUCGCAAACUCCAAAAGUUGUUGAGAUAUUUGCAGGCGUUUUCAAAGCCGAAGAGGAGAGAAUUAAGUUGAUUAAUGAAAGUACGUUGGGAAGGGAGGAAAAUAUUGAUGCAAGGAAACAAUUUUCAUCUGAAGCAUUGAAAUUAAAGGUUGUUGAACUUUUGAAGUUUUUGAAUCAAAAGUAUGACGGUGUAGUCUCUUCAAACGAGACCUUGAAAGCAGUUAUACAAUAA